CGCUUUGAGCCCCCAAGUCGACGCUCAUACAAUGGUCGCCUUACAGAAUUUGGCUGUCUUUGCUGUUGCCUCCACCCUCGCCGUAGGUGCCGAUGCCAGAAAACUCUCCUCUGGUGUUUGCUACGCCCCCUGGCAUCACUCGAAUGUCAACUGGGACGUACUCGCCGGCGAUAUGGCACAGGUGUCCCAGCACUUCUCCAGUAUCCGCACAUACCAAGCACAAUUCAACGGUGUGAACGCCAUCAGCAUCGCAGCAGCUGCCGGUCUUCACAUUGCCGUUGGUGUGCAGCUCACAGACCCUCGAUGGAUUGACUCUGAGAUCCAGGCAGUGUGCGACGGCUACGCUAAGAACUCGUGGGCUGUUGAAGCUGUUUACGUUGGUAACGAAGAUCUUAAGAACGGGAACUUUGGCACGUACACGGCCGACCAGAUCGCAGGCUACAUCCGUCGUGUGAAGAGCUGCGUGGGCAACACGCCUGUGGGAUCAGCUCAGCGCAUCAACGAGUGGCUUGGUGCUGACAGUGCAUGGGCGUUGGCUAACGCCUGCGAUGUCAUUGGUGUCAACAUUCACCCGUUCUUCACGCCGGGCUCGCAAUCGGCACUGAAGAAGCUGGAGGCUCAGUGGGACCAAAUGAUAUCGAAGUUCGGUGCCGCCAAGGUCCGCCUCACUGAAACGGGAUGGCCCUACGCCGGUGAAAGCUAUGCAGGCAACGUUCCGUCCAAGGGUGCUAUGACGCAGUUCUUCUACGACUACAUCUAUGGAUGGUGCCCCAGCAAGAGUCAGUCGUACUGGUUCAUGAUGUACGACACGACGGUGAGCUACACGGGUGCGGAGUACGAGAAACACUGGGGUCUCUUCGGAACGGACAAGUCGCAGCACAUUAACAUGCCAUGA